AUGGCGAAAGGUCAAGCCGAGAGUGGUAACACCGUUUGCGUUGAUGAAGCGAGCACGAAAGAAUCAAAUAUCGACAACCAAGGAGAAGCGAGCCGUCAUGAUACCCAGUCUGAAACUUUAGGCAAAGACACCAGGAAGAGUUCUAUAGCAUCUCCUAUACCAGAUCCAAAUAUCGUCGACUGGUCUGGCCCCAACGACCCUGAAAAUCCACGCAACUGGUCCAAAGCCUACAAGUUGACCAACAUCAUAAUCAUCAGCUUAUCCGUCCUAUACACCAAUCUCGCAACCACCAUGUUCGCCCCCGGCGCCGCUACCAUGAAACGCGAAUUCGGCUUCAAGAGCAACACAACUGAAGUCCUUACCAUCACCAUGGCAUCACUCGGUUUCGCCCUCGGCCAGUUGUUCAUCCCCCCAAUGUCUGAAGUGUUUGGCCGCAUGCCCAUCUACCGGAUAAGUUCAAUAUUUUACAUGGGGUUUACGGCUGGUUGCGCGCGUAGCACGAAUGUUGCAGAGUUUCUGGUCUUUCGGCUGUUGACGGGAAUGGCUGCUGCGUCGUAUAUGUCUACGGGAGGCGGAACGGUGGCUGACCUUUUGCCGAAGGAGGAGAGGGGUGUUGCGAUGGCUAUUUUCACGGCUGGACCACUUUUCGGCCCUGUCCUUGGUCCUAUCGUGGGAGGAUUCGUUGUUGAGCAUCUCGGAUGGAGGUGGUGUUUCUACCUCAUUUUGAUCCUUGCCGGCGCAGUCACCCUACUCACCUUCUUAUUCAUGCACGAAACAAGCUCUAUUAACAUACUCAAAUCCAAAGCUGCUCGACUUCAUAAAGAAACUGGCAAUCCGAACCUCCGCGCUGUUGGCGAUAAGCAAACUCCAGUCAAGCAGCUUGUGCUCCACGCCCUAACCCGACCGAUGAAGUUCCUCUUCACAUCACCCGUCGUCGCUUUGAUUUCACUUUAUAUCGCCUUCAACUUCGGUGUAACCAUGCUUCUUUUCGCCACAUUUCCUACCGUCUACGAAAAUACCUACCACUGGAGCGUCAGUGUUUCCGGGCUGGCGUACAUUGGUGUUGGAGUUGGCUGCGCAAUAGGUGUCAUCACUUUUGCCAAACUGAGUGAUCGCCUUUUAAAUGGUAAAGAAGGACAAUGCCGCCCUGAACGACGGCUUAUCAUGAUGAUGUUUGUGUCUCCAAUGUUUCCAAUCGGCUUGUUUAUAUACGGUUGGACCACUGAGUUUAGAGUACACUGGGUCGUGCCCAUCAUCGGUACCGCUAUCUGCGGACCUGGAGCCGUCAUCAUCAAUUCAUCGUCGCAGACGUACAUAAUCGACAUCUUUGGGCCUCAAGCAGCGGCGUCGGCACUUGCAGCGAUUACUCUUCUUCGCAAUCUUACGGGUGCUUUUCUGCCCCUUGCCGCUCCGACACUCUAUGCCAACCUUGGAUUGGGUUGGGGGAAUAGUGUGCUGGCCUUUAUCACGGUCGCUUUUAUCCCCGUGCCGAUUUACUUCUACUUGUACGGUGCUUCCCUUCGAAAAAGGUUUCCUGUCGAGAUCUGA